AUGGUUGGCAAAAAAUCGGAAAAGGCUCUUCGAGAUGAAGGUCUCGAACGAACCGACAACAGCAUGGGACUAUCCAGCUGGCCUGUGGUAGCUCCAAUCAAUCAAAAGAACUACUAUACUGACUACCUCAAACGCGACGACCAACUACUCGCAUACCGCCUCCAAAACGAAGAAGCUCGCAACCGCAUGACCAAAACCGCCAAAGAUCGCGACCGCGCACUCGCCCUUGGGAAGCAAGAACAGCCGGAUACUGAAGCCGAUGGUGAUACUGUUAUGGAAGACGCCGAAGAAGUCGAGGCGGAAACAGCAGGUUCCAAGGUGAUUGUUCUUCAUGUAGGAAGUCAGAAUUUACGUAUCGGUCUUGCAAGUGAUGCGCUCCCGAAAACGGUACCGAUGGUGAUUGCUAGGAAGUCGACCAAGAAUGAAUCGGAAGAUGGCGUUGAGCCGAGGCCGAAGCGCGUCAAAUUGAAUGAAGAUGAGACGGAGGAAGAUACUCCACCGGAGAAGCGGUUUGGGCCAGAGUUUGCAUCUCUGUACACUACAAUGUCCGCCGAACUCAAAACACACAUGCGACAAAACAAACGACGAAUGCUACCAAACUCCAAAGAAAUGGUCAUAAACUACAACCGUCGAACUGUCCCCGAGCACAUUCCCGAACACAACGACCCUUCACGAGUAGAGUGGACUGAGUUCUCUAAUCCGCCACCAGAAUACAUAACAGGGCAAGAAGCGCUCAGAAUACCGGAUGAUUCCAAACCGCGAUACAAAUUGUCAUGGCCGAUUCGCAAUGGAUGGUGCAAUGAGAAGGAUUACGCUAAUGCCAGGCUGAUGUUUCUUGAUAUUGCUCUUAUCCUCGAGGACGCAAUCAAGACACAGCUAGGAUUGACCAGCAAGAAAGACUGGCCACAGUAUUCCUGCGUUUUCGUGAUUCCCGAUCUCUACGAAAAGUCAUACGUUACAACUAUCUUGGAAAUGCUGAUGAAGGAGUUUUCUUUUGCGCGGGUUUGUUUCAUUCAAGAGAGCUUAGCAGCUGCAUUUGGUGCCGGCUACACAACCACUUGUAUAGUGGAUAUUGGUGCACAGAAAACUUCAAUUUGUUGUGUGGAAGAAGGCAUGUGCGUUGAAAACUCGCGCAUCAAUCUGAAAUACGGCGGAUUUGACGUAACGGAGACAUUUAUCAAAAUGAUGCUUUAUGAUCAUUUCCCUUACGCUGAUAUCAACCUGAACCGACGAUACGAUUUCCUACUUGCGGAGGACUUGAAGAAGAAUGUCUGCACGAUGAAUGAAAGUGGAGUGUCGGUCCAAGUGUUUGAUUUCCAUUUACGUGUGUCUGGUCAAGAUACAAGGAAAUACACGUUCAAGGCAUAUGAUGAAGUCUAUCUUGCGCCGAUGGGUUAUUUCCAGCCCGGUAUUUUCAGUGUUGGCGAUAAGUUGCAGGGCCGCCGGAAACUCUUCCCUCGAUCAUACGAUAUUUACGAUGGUCAGCCGAAUGAUCCUACAUCGGCAGCACAGUCGGAAAUUCUGAGAGCUAUUACAGCACCAGAUUCGUCGGCGACGGAAGAUGAGAAACCACAAGUCAAUGGAACAAGCGAUGUACAAGCGACACCCGCUCGAUCCCAAUUGAAUGCUCUCGGUCGUGUUCAAGACCUCGAUGGCACGCCUCGAUCUUCAGUCGCUGGCUCGCCAGCCCCAGAAUUCAACACGCCCUUGAAUGGAAUCACUACUGCUGGCAACAGCACACCCGUUCCUGAAAAAGCCAGUCAAUCUGCCGCCGGCGCAUCAUCCCAACCAUCUCAGCCCUCACAACCAGUAGCAGCCCAACCCCUCCAACAACCACCUCCUCAACCCCCUCGAACCCCCACAAUUGAAGAGCGCGACGACAUCCUCCCUAUCUACCCCCUCGAUCAAGCAAUCUUAACCUCAAUCACCCACGCCGCGCGCUCCGACGACAAGAAAAUGCGCGACUUCCUCGGCGGCAUCAUGGUUGUUGGCGGCGGAAGCCAAAUCAACGGAUUCCACGCCUACCUCGAAGAGAGGCUACACCUGCUACGACCCGCAUUCGCAAAGGAAAUUAUGAUUGGCUCGCCACCGCGAGACUUGGAUGCGCAGGUCGUUGUGUGGAAGGGCGCAAGCGUGUUUGGCAAGUUAGAUGGGACGAAUGAUAGUUGGAUUGGACAGUUGGAGUAUGAUCGGUUGGGGAGUAGGUUGUUGGUUUAUAAGUGUAUGUGGGCUUAUUAG